GGUGACUGGCGGCGACACUGGCGGCAGCUGGAAGCGUAAUAGUGCGGGUCGCGGGCUCGGAGAACUUCAGCGGCGGCGGUGGCGCGGGCGGCGGCGGGGACAGCUGGAGCGGGCCUUGGGCUUGGGGCUCGCCAUGCCGACCGUGGAGGAACUUUACCGCAACUACGGCAUCCUGGCCGACGCCACGGAGCAAGUGGGCCAGCAUAAGGAUGCCUAUCAAGUGAUAUUGGAUGGCGUGAAAGGUGGUACAAAGGAAAAAAGAUUAGCAGCUCAGUUUAUUCCAAAAUUCUUCAAGCAUUUUCCAGAAUUGGCUGAUUCUGCAAUCAAUGCACAGUUAGACCUCUGUGAGGAUGAAGACGUGUCCAUUCGACGGCAAGCAAUUAAAGAGCUGCCUCAAUUUGCCACUGGAGAAAAUCUUCCCCGGGUGGCUGAUAUACUAACUCAGCUUUUGCAAACAGAUGACUCUGCAGAAUUUAAUUUAGUCAACAAUGCCCUGUUAAGUAUAUUUAAGAUGGAUGCAAAAGGUACUUUAGGUGGUUUGUUCAGUCAAAUACUUCAAGGAGAGGACAUUGUGAGAGAACGAGCAAUCAAAUUCCUUUCUACAAAGCUUAAGACUUUACCAGAUGAAGUCUUAACAAAGGAAGUAGAAGAACUUAUACUAACUGAAUCCAAAAAGGUCCUAGAAGAUGUGACUGGUGAAGAAUUUGUCCUGUUUAUGAAAAUAUUAUCUGGGUUAAAAAGCUUACAGACAGUGAGUGGAAGACAGCAACUAGUAGAGUUGGUGGCUGAACAGGCUGACCUGGAACAAACCUUCAAUCCCUCGGAUCCUGACUGUGUGGACAGGCUCCUACAGUGCACCCGGCAGGCAGUACCACUUUUCUCUAAAAAUGUGCAUUCCACAAAGUUUGUGACUUAUUUCUGCGAGCACGUUCUCCCUAACCUCAGUUCCUUGACUACCCCAGUGGAGGGUCUUGAUAUACAGUUGGAGGUAUUGAAACUGUUGGCAGAGAUGAGCUCAUUUUGUGGUGACAUGGAAAAAUUAGAAACAAAUUUAAGGAAACUGUUUGAUAAGUUAUUGGAAUACAUGCCUCUCCCUCCAGAAGAAGCAGAAAACGGGGAGAAUGCUGGUAACGAAGAACCCAAGCUACAGUUCAGUUAUGUGGAAUGUUUAUUAUAUAGCUUUCACCAGUUGGGCCGAAAACUUCCAGAUUUCUUAACAGCUAAAUUGAAUGCAGAGAAGCUCAAGGAUUUCAAAAUCAGACUGCAGUACUUUGCACGAGGCCUGCAGGUUUAUAUCAGACAACUUCGCUUGGCUCUCCAAGGCAAAACAGGCGAGGCCUUAAAAACAGAAGAGAACAAAAUUAAAGUUGUUGCAUUGAAAAUAACAAACAAUAUCAAUGUUUUAAUCAAGGAUCUCUUCCACAUUCCCCCUUCUUAUAAGAGCACAGUAACAUUAUCAUGGAAACCUGUACAGAAGGUUGAAAUCGGGCAAAAGAGAACCAAUGAAGAUACAACUUCAGGUUCACCACCCAAGAAAUCUCCAGCAGGACCAAAAAGGGAUGCCAGGCAGAUUUAUAAUCCUCCAAGUGGGAAAUAUAGCAGCAAUUUGGGCAACUUUAAUUAUGAGCAGAGAGGAGCCUUCAGGGGAAGUAGAGGUGGCCGAGGUUGGGGAGCACGAGGAAAUCGUAGUCGAGGAAGACUCUACUGAAUCUCAUCACAUUCUUCAGCAUUGUCAUGAGCUUACUAUACUUAAAUUCUACUACUCAUUGGAUUGCCGGGGAUGACCCUUUAAAAGGACUGCUGCCUUCAGCUAAAAACUUAAUGUUCUUUAUACCUUUGUAUGUAUGAUCUACUUUUGUAACAAACCAUGGUUGUGUCCAAGGUAAAAAUCACAGCGAUAUCAGCGAUAUUUUUGGAUGCUUUGUCUGCAAACUUGACUUGUUUUUGCAGUAUCAUUAUUCAGACUUCAUAUUGUGAAUCUUUUACUUUUAAACAUCUUGAUAAUUUGUUACUGAGAACAAUUCAAGUCUAAAAUGUAAUGAAAUUCAGUCCAUUUCUGAUGACUGGUAAAGAUCAUCAGUUUUGAAAGGUUACUAAUUUUCCUCUCCCCUAUUUGUCUUAUUUUUUUUACCCAAUAUAUGGAGAAGAGUGAUGGUCAAUCUUAACAAUUUUUGUUUGUUUUUUAAUAAAGCUGCUAGGCAGUGGUGCAGCGUUCCUACCUAGUGUCAUGAAAGUGAAAUACUUAGCAACUUUCUUAAAAUACAGAAAUGACAUUUCAUUUUUAGGAGGUAAGUUGCUUUGCACUGCUUACUUAACUCUUCUCCAUAUGUUGUUAUAGACUUUUGAAUAUUGGAUCUUACUAUUCAAAUAGAAAUGUGUAUGUAUAGUAUACAUACAUACAUAAGCUUGUGUGUGUGUGUAUGUAUAUAUAUGCAUGCUGUGAAACUUGACUACACGACAUAAAUCAUUUUUUUAAAUUCCAGGAACGGGUAGUCUUUGACACGGUGAUUAUCCUAUUGAGGUUGAAUCCAUUCUUAACUUGUUAGGUAGGUUUUCCUCCCAGUAGUGAGGAAUUUUGAGUCAGUUGCACUUACAUGAUUAUUGUUAUUUAAAACUUAAACAAAGGCUGCAUUUUCAAAGCUAAAUUUGUAGAACCCUGUUGGAGAAAUACAGCCAAAAUACUGAAUCUGAUGUACAUAUAGGUUUCUAUAGGAUGUGAUAGAAUAAUUUAGAAUUUGAGGACUUAAUAACCAGGGCAACCCGCAAAAAGUGAUAACAUGGUACACCAUUAAGGGAUGCUCUCUUGGUUUGCUUUUGCCACUUUCAAGAUUUUAACUUCUCAGGUUAUUAAUCAAAAUUAUUGUAUAAGUUAGCCAAUAGAAUCUUUAGGUUAAAACAACAGAUGGGGGGUUUGUGGAGUGUUUAAUGUCAUGGGCAUAUUUAGUAGCAUAGGCCAUUUGCUCUGCAUUUGAAUGUUUCAUAUAUUUUUGUUUCACAGUUAAGCUUCCUUCCCUAUGUUUGCUAUUCAAAUUCAAUUCCUGAAUGACAUUUUCUAGUAGUUUGACAUUUUUUUGAGGAAUAGUUUGUGAUUGCAAUGCAGGUGUCUUCAGUACUGUUACCUCUCCAUUAGGAAAAAGGCAAACCCCUUUGUUAGGAUUACAGUACAUGUUUAUGGAAAAGUAUUUUUUAAAGACUAGAAUGAUACAAGUGAGCAAAAGAAGUUGGUCAGCUUGACUCUGGAGUGGUGGCAAUAAUCUCUAAACAUUCCAAAAGACUAUGAGCUGAACCGAAGCUCCCUUGGGAUCUGAAUAGACAUAGGAACAUGGAAUUGCCAUUUGAAAACUGUGACCAGGUAGUCUGGACCUCAGAGGCAGAUCAGCCAGUGGCCUAAAGCCAUUUCAAGUAUAGAAACUGUAUUGGGAUUACAGUUAUAUAAAUUUGAACAUGAAAUGUAACUUUUCCUUUUUUUUUUUAAAGCAUAUUUGUAAACUCAAAGCUGAACAGAAGCAACUGCUUUCUCAAAUUUGAUACUGAGUUGACUGUUCCAUCCUUGACCCCCGCUCCGUUCCUUCUCUUUCCUAGAGCAAUAGUGCACAACUUGAGUUAUUUUUGCUUCAAAAUUUUGAAUGAAAAACUGAUGCCAUGUUUUUUUUUUUUCUUUUGCAAGACACCUGUUCAUCACCUUGUUCAAAUGUAAAUGUUCCCUUAUGCUUUUGAAAUAAAUUUCCUUUUGUAAUUUU